GGUUCCGGGGUCGGAGCGCUGAUGUGGCGACUGAUACUUCCUUGACUGGACUGCACGGCCUGAGACUGGAGCAAUGUUUAGCCGGCUAGCUAAAGGAGUGAACACAGUACUGCAAGAGCUAUCCAGAGAUGCAGAUGAAAUUGAAGAUGAGGAUAUUCCGAAAGAGGAAGAGGUGAGAGAUCACCAGGUCUCCAAGGAGGACACUGCAGAAAGUCCCAAGGAAGUUUUGGAACGUCUUGCACAAACCGAGCAACUGGUUGUGCAACUUAAGGAGCUGAUCCGUGAAAAAGAUGCACAGCUGCAGCAGAAGGAGACAGCCUUAAAGGCACAAGAGCAUCAGGUCAGCAUGGAGACCAGUGUAAAGGGCUCUGAGGAGGUUUUGGAAAGACUUGCUCAGACAGAGCAGCUAGUUGUUCAACUGAAGGAGCUGAUUCGUGAAAAGGAUGCUCAGCUACAACAGAAGGAGGCUGCACUAAAGGAGGAGAAGGAGUUGGCUGAUGUUAAGUUGUCAAAGCUGAAACUGCAAGCCAAAGCAAAGGUUGCCUCUCUGAAUAAGCAGUUAGAAGAGCUGAGAAAACGAACUGCAGCAACAUCGCCAUCCAAGCAGCUUUCAGAAGAAUCAGAGCUCGACAGCAGCCAUGAGGGUACAGAUCAUAAGCUUACAGAGGACCAAGGAGAAGAGUUGGAAAAGCUUAAAGUCCAUCUCAAGGAUCUAGAAGAGGCUUCGAGAGUUCAAGCAGAGGUGGUCAUCAGCCUUCAGCAACAACUACAACAAGCACAGGAACAGAUAAAGGACCAUACAAAGGAAGAAGAACACAGGCUUAAUGAGGAGAAAAUGCAAGAAUUAGAAAAGCUGAAAUCUUAUCUCCAAGAACAAGAGGAGGCUUCCAGAGUCUGGGAAGAAAAAGUUGAUAGUUUGCAAAAGGAGCUACAGCAAACACGAGAACAGCUUGAAGAAAACAUGCGUCAGCAGCAGGAAAAGCUUCAGUCUCUCCAGGCAGUGAUACAGGAGAAGGACUUGAGAUUUCAAGAACAGCUUCAGCGUCAUGAGGAGGAACUGUUGCAGGUGGCAUCAGCCACCGACAGCAGUGCCGAGUUACAGCAGACACUGAAGUCACAGCAACGCAAGCUUGAAGAACUGGAGGAAGCAUUGCAUGGACGUACUCUUGUGGUGGAAAUGCUACAGCAAGAAUUAAACAAUGCAGAACAACAGAAACAGGUGCUUGGAGAGCAGCUUCAGCAGACUGAGACUGAAGUUAUGACACUGAAGAAUGCCCUGGAGCAAGAAAAAGAGGUGAUGAAAGGUCUGUUGGAGAAACAGGACCUACUGGUUAAGGACAAGGAUCUGGCAUUAGCUCGACUUGAGGAAACUGUAAAUUCUCUAACACAACAGCUACAAGAGGCAAAGACUGCUUACUCUGACUUAACAGAAAAACACAUGGCAGAGAUAACAAACAUGCAAACAUAUCUAUCAGAACUGAGAGCUACAUGUGACGUCCUCUCUCUGCAGAAUCAAGAACUGAAGACUGUUGCAGAGGAAGAAGCCAUGCAGCGUAGUGAGCUUUUACAGAAAGUCGCACAGUUGGAAGAUGAUGUGAAUGUAAAAACAACGAAGAACACAGAGUUAGAGUCAUUGCUUGCUACUCUGAAGGAGGACUCAGAUGCUCAAUUGCAGCAGCUGGUAGAACAGCUGAAGAACCUUCAGGAGCAAGAUAUAACAGCCCUGCAGAAUCGGGUGGUGGAGUUAGAAGAUGACAAGGGAACUUUAUUGCUUAGUACAGUUGACCUUGAAGAGCUUAAAGCAGAAAAUGAGUCGCUCCGGGCAAGGCUUGCAACCCUGGAGAUACAAAGUGAACAGAAAACAUCCCAGGUGGAUGGCUCUGGAACCAGUGCAGAAAACCAUGAAGACAUACAGCAGGAAAUCACAUCAGCUUCACAGUGCAAAACCGCAGAUGUUAUAGAAGACUGCAAUGAAAGCAUCUUUAUUCAAACUGUGCCUCUAGAUCUGUGUUCCAGUGAAGAAAUAUGUUCAAAUUUACCUCCAACCCAGUCUUCCAGUGAUUCAUCAGAGCAGGCCACACCUCCAGUUCAGCCUUCCACUGAUCUAUCAGUACCAGCCCCACCUCCAGAUUUGCAUUCCAGUACAACCUCAGAACAGGCUCCAUCUUCAGAUCAGCCCACCCCUGAUGGAUCAGAGCAAGCUCCACCUCCGGCAGAGUCCUCUACAGAUGUGUCAGAACAAGCCUCAACGACAUUGCAGCCUUCUGCUGAUGAGUCAGAUGUUCUCUUGUUAGACCCAUCCUGUGCUGGCACAUCUGAUCAACCUGCAGCUGCAACAGAGUCCUCCAUAGAUGUAUUGGAACAAGAACAUCAGCCAUCCCCAGCUACUGUACAUGUAGAGCUUAUUGAAGAACAAAAGUCAUCAAGCCAAGAAGUUCCUUUUCCCCAAGAUGAAAGCACUGUACUGGUUCUGAAAGAAAUGAUCGCCGAAAAGGACAAAGAGAUUUCUGAACUCAUGGAAAAGUUUAUAGGUGCUAAAGAAGAGCUGGCAAAGCUUCGAGAAGAAAUAGAAAGCAGAACAAGUAGGCAUGAGCCAGAAGCCCAGAUUGUUACAUGGGGGCAUGAGAAUGAAUUGGAAAAUAUUACUGAACACAAGGAUCUGCUAACAGUUAAGUCAGACCGCCAGAGUAUAUCAGAAGAGUUAUCUGAAGCAGCACAGGAAAGUGUAACUGUAAUCCAGCAUGAAGAAAUUAAAAAAGAUGAGAUUCAAGUUCAUCAGAUGGUCACAACUUUUACAACCAACAAAUACUCUGUAUGGAAAGAAGUGGUUACAGGACAUGAAACUGUGGAAAUGUCAUCAGAUGCACAAAGAUCUAUUCAUAAAGAAGAGAUAAUGAAGUUAAAGGCCAGUAUUGUGGAGCUGAAUGAAAAAGUGCAAGAGAUGGAGAUUUCAUGCAAAAACGCUUUAGAUGAAAAAGAUUCUGAAAUUUCUAAGCUGAAUUUGGAGUGUAGACAACAAGCAGAGGAUUUGAAUGAAGCACUUAGAGUAUUAACUAAUGAAAAAGACGAACUUCAUUCUCAAGUUCAGCUGCAGGCAGAUGAACUGUCUCAUAUGCAGGAAUUAAGAGAAAAGUUGCAGGUAACUGAAGAGAGUUUAGCUGAUGCUGAAAGGCAGAGAUUAUCAGAAUAUGAAAGUAGAGGCCUGCAGAACUGUUUGCUAGAGGAGCAAGUGGAGAGUCUCCAGAAUGAGUCACGUUCCAAAGACCUAAAGACUGAAGCUUUGCAUAAGGACAUGGAUCAUAUCCAACUCCAGCUCUCUGAAAAGGAGCAUGCAGUACAGACAUUAGUAGAACAGCUUAGAGAAAAAGAACAGACAACAGAGAAUCUUAAAGAAUCAUUGCUGGUGAGCAAAAAUAAUGCUGAAGAGCUUUCUUUACUUCUUGCUUCUAAGGAGGAUGAAGUUUUGAGAAAAGAACAGGUACUGUCUGAAAGAGAAAAAGAUGUUGAACACCUUCGCAGAGCAUUGACUGAAAAAGAACAAGAAAUGUCUGAAAUUACUUUAAACAUGUCAAAUAAAAUAGUACUGUUAAACGAAGAAAAAUAUACUCAAGAACAAGAAAUAAAUUCUCUUAAGGAACAGCUCAACUUAUUGCAUAAAACUCAAGUAGAGAAAGAUGAAGAAAAAGACAGCAUUACUAAAGCAAGAACCUCUUCUUUUGAACUCCAGAAUCCCCUGACAGAAGGUGAAAUGCUGGAGAUAGGAACAGAAGAAAAAGAAAAUGUUCACUCUCAGAUGGAACAUCUAAAAAGGCAAAACGAACAAGUGAAAAGAAAGUUACAUGCUGCUCUGAUUAACAGAAAGGAACUUUUAAAGAAAGUUGAAGAGCUGGAAAUGGAGUUAAAAUCUAAAGAAAUGGCAGCUAAGGAAAGUUUAUCUUCAGUUACUACAGAUGAUUCUAUGAACACUUUAACAGUGGUGAACUUUGAUGAUGAAAGACAAGAAGUAAUAAAGUACUUAACUGCACAGCUUUUAGAAAAGGACCAAGAACUACAGGUCAUGAAACAAGAUAUGGAAGAGAAAGCGGUUCUUGCGGAGCAGCUAAAAAAUUCUGUUGUUGAGUUAACUCAAACUGUAAAGGAUAAAGAAAACGAAGUUGAGGACCUUAAGAUUAAGGCUGUUGGACAGCAGUCAGUUUCCCAGGAACAGGCUCUGCUAAGUCAGUAUGAGACACAAUCAAUGGAAAAAGAUUCUUUCAGGGAAGUUGCAGAAUCAGAUUUAACUUGCAAGGUAUUAAUGGACCAUAAAACAUCUGAAGCCGAGUUGAAACUUUCAAGUCUUGAACAAGAAAAAGAGAUUUUACAGAAGAAACUUCAAGAAGCAUUGGCUUCCCGGAAAGCUACCAUCAGGAAAUCUCAAGAAAAAGAUAGGCACCACAGAGAGCAGCUUAAACAGCAGAAAGAAGAAUAUAAUGAUCUGCUUGAAACAUUUGAAGAACGCAACAAAGAGAAGGAAGAGCUACAGCAACACCUCAAGGAACUUCAGGCACAGCUACUGCCUAUAGCAGGCAGACACCCAGAAGACAGGACUGUUAAUCUAACUAAUAUAAAAGAAGACCUACCCAUUGUUGAGCAUCAGGUGGAACAAGACUUAAAAGAAUCUGGGUGGGGGCAAGAGUGGGUAGACAUUUCAGGUUCUGAUCAUAGAGAAAGUCCUCCUACAAAAAUUGAACCGCCGUCUCUAGAAAGGUUGAAAAAAGAAUUGGAACAAGUACAACUCCAGAGGGAUGAGCUUCAGAUAAAGCUGCAAAAUGCUGAAGUUAUCUGUGCCCAGAAAACCAGUGAAUUUAUCCAGUUACAAGAUAAGUUACAUAAUUUACUACAGAAGUUUGGUCUUCAGCAAAUAGAGGACUUUGGUAUAGAAGUUGAAAGCAUCAGAAAAAAGUGUGAAGAAGCUGAAACAUGUGCUGAAGGUCUGAAACUGGCUCUGGCUAAUUCUGAGGCAAAGGCUUCCACUAGUGAUGAGCUGUUUAAUUUGAAAAAAGAAGCAGAAGAUCUCAGGAAUGUAAUAAGUCAAAAGAAUAAGGAGACUGAACAUCUUGAUUUCAAUCUAAAAGAACAAAGUGAAGCUAUUAAUAAAUUACAGAGCACUUUGUUGAAGAAAGAAGAUCUUAUAAAUAGUCUACAGACACAGCUGGAAAAUCAGAUUAAGGAACAUGAAGAACAACAGAAGAGAUUACAGGAUAAAAUGCAUGAAUCUAUUCAGAAGCAGGGAGAAGAUGCUGAAGAUGCAAAGUCAAAGCAGCAGCUCCAAAGGAAAUUGCAGGCAGCACUUAUAUCCAGGAAAGAUGCACUCAAGGAAAACAAAGCGUUAAAAGAAGACCUCUCUGCUUCAAACGUGAAACUUGAAGAGCUGACUAAGAAAGCUGCUAUUACUGAGAAAGCUGUCAUUGAUUUGAGUAAAGAAAAACAGGACUUGUUGGAGGAAAUAAACAAGUUUAGAAAUGAAAAGGAUAAAUUAGUUGCUGAAAUUGAUAAGAUGUUGCUGGAAAAUCAUAAUCUCAGUUCAACCUGUGAAAGCCUGAAGCUUGCUAUAGAUGGAGUUACACAGGAGAAGCAAAGUUUGGAAAAUGAAUUUGAGUCACUGAAACGUGUUCAGGAUGCUUUGCAUUUGGAGUGGCAAGAUAAACACAAGGAUAUGCAGAAGGAAUAUGAAACUCUUCUGCAGUCCUAUGAGAAUGUAAGCAAUGAGAUGGAAAGAAUGCAGCGUGUACUAGAAACUGUAAGACUUGAAAAACAAGAGCUUAUUGGAAAGAUUAAAGGACUGGAAUCAGAAAAAAAGGAGACAGAAAAGCAGGUCCAGGAAGCACAACAAGAAAUAGAAGGAAUGAAAGAGAAAAUGAGAAAGUUUGCAAAAUCAAAGCAGCAGAAAAUUUUGGAGUUAGAAGAAGAAAAUGAUAGACUUAGAGCUGAACAAAAUCCUGAGGCUAGUUAUCAGAGGAAUGCGACCGAAUUGUCCAGUUUUGAAACAACACAGCUCAGAGAAGACCUUACAAAGCUGAAAUCUGAAUAUCAGUCUCUAGCAAAUGAAUUGGAAUCUACAAAAGCUGAAAAUGCUGUUCUUGAGCAGGAAGUAAAUAUCUUAAAAGAGAAAUUGCAGUUGGUUGAAACAGAGCUUCAGGACCAAUUGGAAAAGCCUGGAAAAGUGUCACAUUCUGAAAUUUGUGCAGAAGAGGUAGUAGUCCAACAUACUGUCCCUGUGUGUGCUUCAGCAAAACAAUCUGAGGAAGGCAUAAUUCUAGGAGGAGAUCAUCACUCUACAAGAGAGAAAUCUGAGGAGGAGGAAAAACACGUAGACAGUGGUUUGAAAGUUCGCAUUGAUAGCUAUGUACAGCAGAUAGCUGAGCUCACAGAAAUGCUUCAAAGUGUAGAAAAGGAUAAAAUGACUUCUCAAGAUGAAACCAAGCGCCUAAAUGCUGCUCUUCAGUCUUUGAAGAUUGAGAAGGCAGCAUUAGAAUCAGAAGUCACACAUACAAGUGAGGAAUUGAGAGCACUUCAGAAAACUUCAGAAGAAAUUGACAGGGUCAGAAAGACAGAGAAAGAAGAACUGGAAAAAAUGAAGCAACUAAAAAACAUUAUUGAAACUGAAAAAGAUGAUUUGGAGGAAAAACUAAUGAAUCAGUUAGCAGAGCUUAACGGUAGCAUUGCAAACUAUCAGCAAACUGUAAGCAACUUGCAAGCAAAAAUCAGCCAGCUAGAGUUAAAUAUUGAAGAUCAACAGAAAAAAAUAGGUGAAACAGAGGAGGAGGUGAGGCAGUUACUGCGGCAGAAAGCAGAAGAUGAAUCCAAAAUGCAAAAGGAAUAUGAAGAGAAGCUGAAAUCUGCACAUAGGGGGAAAGAAGGAAGCAAAACACAUACAAAAGAACUACAAGAGCUUCUUAAAGAAAAGCAGGAGGAAGUCAGACAACUCCAAAAGGACUGUAUUCGCUAUCAGGAAAGGAUGACAGAUUUGAACAAAAUGGUGAAAGCUCUGGAAUUUAUUAACAGUGAUUGUCAUAAGGAAGUAGAGGCUGCAAAGAAAAAUUGGGUGAAUGCCACUGAAGAAAGUAAGAAAAAGCAAGCUGAACUGAUGUCAUGUAGAAUUUUGUUAGAUGAUACACAGUCUGAAUUAGCAAGAGUGCUGGCUGAAAAUCUUAAGCUUAAGGAUGAGCUCCAAACUUAUAAACAGCAAGUCAAAAUUCAGUUAAAGAAGAAGGAAGAGGAAUAUGAACAAAAAAUAGAGGUAGAAAAGGACAAGUGUUCAAAAGAAGUAAAAAAUACAGAAGAAAAAAUGGAAAUGUUACAACGAGAGAAAGAACAUUCUGAACAGACAAUUCUAGAACUAAGGGAGACUUUAGAACAGAAAAAACAGGAAUUCAAACAGCUUCAUGAAAAUCUGAAUGAGAAUUUGGCCAAACUUGCAGCAUUCACUCGCAGUAUGUCAUCCUUACAGGAUGACCGUGAUAGAGUUAUAGAUGAAACCAAAAAAUGGGAGAAAAAAUUUCAGGAUACAAUAAGAAUGAAAGAGGAGGAGGUCAGGACUAAGGAGGAAUUGUGCUCGGUUUUGAAAGAUCAGUUGAGACAGACUUCAAUUUACUCUGAAGAACUACAGAUCAGAGUUUCCAGGUUGGAGCACAAUGAGCAGGACUGGGCAUCCAAACUCCAAAUGGCAGUACAGAAUCAUAAAGAGGUGUAUGAAAGCCUCCAAGAAGAAAAUAAAGAACUCCAAGUUCAGUUACAGAAUUCCCAGAAGCUUAAUCAAGAUGCGCAGACUGAACUGGCAAAGCUGAAUAAUGAGGUAAAACAUCUGGGAGAUAAGGUCUCAGACUUAAGUAGUUCAUUAGAUCAGAGUGAAAUGGUGAGGGAAGAAAGUGAAAAAACAGUCAGUGAACGAGAGAAGGAAAUCCAGCACUAUAAACUGAAUUGUAGUCAGUUGGAGUCUGAUUUGCAGUCUUAUAAAAACUUAAUAGAUACAUUGCAGGAGGAGUUAACUACAAAGGAUCAAAAGAUUAUCAGCCUUUUAGCAGAUAAGGAAGAGGCAGUCGCCUUAGCUGUGGCUGAAAUGCAGCAACAAAAAGCAGAGGAACUAAAAGAACUAGAAGACAAAAUCAAAGUAGUUGCAGAAGAGAAAGCUAAGGAGAAAAGAGAAGUUACUACAUUAAAUGAAAAACUUGCUAGUGUUGAAGAUAAACUAAGUAGUGCAAAGGAAGAAUCCAUCCAGAACAAAGCCAAGCUAGAUUCUUUUGUGAAGUCUAUGUCUUCCCUGCAAGAUGACAGAGACAGAAUUAUGAGCGAGUACAAACAGUUAGAAGAGCGUCAUCUUGCAGUGAUACUAGAAAAAGAUGGCAUCAUUCAGGAGUCUGCGGCAGAAAAUAAUAAGGUAAAAGAAGAGAUCCGUAUGUUGUAUGGACAGAUGGAUGAUUUGAAUUCUAUAAAUGCUAAUCUUAAGGCUCAGCUCAUCAGAUAUAGAGAAGACUUAAAUCAGGUUAUUACUUUGAAAGACUCUCAACAGAAAGAGCUUCUACAAGUCCAGUUAGAAAAGAUUCACUCACUGGAAAAUAAGAAGUCCAGCCUUGAAGUUCAGUUAGAAGAUCUGAAAUUAACAAUCCAAACUUCAGAUGAAGAAAAACAGCAGCUGCAAAAAGAGAUCCAGUCCCUUGAAUCCACUGGAUCUCUUCUAAAGUCUGAAACAGAAAACAUGCAAGAAAAUGAAGCCAUUAUGAAAAAAGAGCUAGAAAGCAAAGCAGCUAACAUCAAAGAGCUAAGUGAUCAGUUAUCAGAGAUGAAAAGUAAAGUCACAGAACUUGAACAGGAAAUAAGCCUUAUCCAAGAUGAAGCUUCUAAGAAAGUCAAAGAAGCUGAUGAUAGGGUUGAACACGAGCUCAAAGCUCUUCAGCAUGAUGCUGGCAUAAUGCGAAAUGAGACCGAAACUGCAGAGGAGCGGGUGGCAGAGCUAGCAAAAGACCUGAUGGAAAGUGAACAAAGGCUUUAUGCUGCUUCUGAAGAGAAUAGUAACUUAAAAGCACAAAUUAAAUCAUUUGGAAAUGCUAUGAGCUCACUACAAGACAGCCGUGAUGAAGCAGAACUGAAGCUUCAAGAUGUGGAAAAAACAUAUUUAGCAGAACUUGACAAGGAGAGAUCUGCUGUUGAAAACCUACAGAAAGAGCUUUGUCAGCUGAAGGAGGAUUAUAGAAUUGCAGCAGAGCACAGAGAUUCCCUGUCUUCAGAGCUGAAGACUAUUAAGAUCAGUACCACAGAAGACAGCAAGUUGUUACAAAUUGAGCAACUGAGCAAAGACUUGAGUUUAAUGGAUGAAAAAGUUAAUACUUUAACCAGUCAGCUGGAAGGCAGCUCCAACCAGUUGAAAUCCUUUGCAAAGGCCAUGGCAAGCCUGCAAGAUGAAAGGGACCGGUUGAUAGAGGAACUAAGCAAUGCCAAGAAGGCUCAAGAAGUCAUUCCAGAGUCGGGAGCAAGUUCUGCCAAACUUUCUGAAGUGCAGAGUUUGAAGAAUGCCUUAUCAUCUCUGCAGAAUGAUCGAGACAGACUGUUAAAGGAGCUGCAGACACUGCAGGCAGAGUACCUUCGUAGCAUGGAUGAAUUGGCAGAACUUCCCCUGCUGAAGUCAAAGCUAGAAACUGCCCAACAGCAACUAAAAGAGCAGCAUUCAAAGGAAGAUGUACUGCAACAAGAGCAUUCGGCCUUCCAACAGGAGCUGUUGAAACUCAGAACUGAAAAACAGAGCUGGGCAUUGCAAAAUGAACAGUUGAAGGAACAGUAUUUGAUUGCACUGACUGACAAAGAUCUACAGCUGAAUGACUUGCAAAGACUAGUGCAAGAUAUGAGGGUGUCAUCUGGCAAGCUGAAUAUUACAAAUGAGCAGUAUCAGAGAGAAGCAUUACCAGAAGCAGCUGCAUUAGUACCUAUUCAGAAUAUGGACUUUCAGAGGCUAGAAGCAGAGAGCACCAGCCUCAAAAAGCAGCUGGAAGAUUGCUUGAAGGAACUCCAUCAAAAGGAGCUCCGUAUUCAGCAGUUAAAUGGCAAGCUCUCUCAGGUGUUUGAAGAGAAAAAUGCCCUUUCCAUUCAGCUGAGGAGGAGUGGACAAAAUCUACGUGAUACCCAGCUGCGCUACACAGAACUGCAGAGCCGCUACUCUGCAUUGGAGGCAAAGACACAAAAGCUGCAGGGUGCUAUCACACAAAAAGAGGGCACUACUGAAGUGGAUACAGCCCCUGGUGCACCUCAAGAAAAGAUUGUGGCAGAAGCAGAACUUUAUCAGUCAGAAGUUCAACUAUUGCAGCACAGGUUAUCGGAAGCCAAAGAACAGCAGAACAUCACUCAGCAAGAGAUGAUCCAUUUGUCAGAUCUUUUAAACGAAGAACGAGAAUUAAGAUUUGCAGCUGAAGAAGCGCUCGACACAGCACAGGAAGAACUCAGACGCUAUGAAGGUAAUGAGUGGGUGCCAGCCCAGGAGCACAGCCCAGAUGUGUCUGCUGUACAUGAGCACUCCCUGCUAAUUGAACCUCCAGACAGUGUCCCUUCCAGCCCCAGGGCACGGGGCAGUUCUGGACUCAAGCGUUUAAUGAGAUACCUGUUCUUUUCACGAACCCGGACUCCAUUAUUAAUUGCCACAUAUCUACUGAUUGUGCAUGUUCUCCUCAUUCUUUGCUUCACUGGACACUUGUGAAGACAGGAGAAGGCACUCACCAGCGGCUUGCUCAGAGUUACUGAUCGUGACAUUUGCACACACACACUCAUUUAUUUGUUCAUUCACAUACAGCAACACAUUCUGUUAAGUUUCUUCUCAGGUUCCUACCAUGCAUGUUCCUGCUGUUUGCUAUUCUUGUAUUGUUACUACCAUAGUCAUAGACCUCUUUUUCUGUCUAGGAUUUACUCUAACUUGAACAGAACUGUGGCACUGUAUCCCUGCAAGGUAAACUGUUGCCAAGUUUUGUUAUAGCAAGACUGGGUCCUUGAGACUGUGUGUUGUACUCUUUUAACUGCCAAAAAUGUUACUUUUUCAGGGGAUCAAUACUGAAUACCUCUCAGCUGUGUUUAUGUCGGUGCAUAUGAUAUGGAAGACGGGUGCCAAUAAUGAGUGUAUUUAUGAGGUUUUGUUGUGUUGUAAGUUAGUCCAGUAUAAUUUGGUCUCUACAAGGAUGCAGUUUUCCCUCUCAUUGUUGCUUCCUCAUGCAUUGCAAGCUUUGCUACUUGGUUGCUUCUCUCACCAAUGUUAUGCCUGCCUGGAACUUUUAUAGGAUUGCUGUAAUAGUCACUAAUGCCAGUUUUUAGGAUUUUUGUUGGGUUGAGUAUUGAUGCUCUCACUACUUUGCAUGUCAUACACAUUUAUAACACUGUCUUUUAGCAGGAAUGAGAUGCCAGAAAAUGGGUUAUUCGAGUUAGUUUAACUUCUUAAGACUGAAAUCAUUACAUAACUACCACAUAGCUGAGGUAGUGUUCUUACAGAAUUCUAAGGUCAUGGAACUUGGUAGGUUUGGAUAAAGUGAAGGCUAGUAGGGUAGAGAAGUGCAGUCAGAAAAUGAAAUUUUGGAAGAGAAUGCAAAUUUGGCUGAAGAAUGGUGGUGAAGAAAUCAUGUAGUAGCAAAAUUAAAAUGUAGUACAGGCCUAGACAAUGCAAAGCACCAGAUAAAAACAUAAAUGAAGGGCAGUGGAGUUGCUGUGCUAACAUAAUUUAUGAUGUACAGUGGAGCAUGUGCUGCUAUAAUGACUCAGCACAUCCUUGAGUAACAACUGAUUGAAAGCUGUUGGAUGUGAAACUGAAUUCCCCUUGUAAUACUGCGAUUGCUGCUGUGUUAUGCUGUUUGCCGUAAUGUAAGACUAUGGCAUGUGAAAUGGGGCGAUUAGAAGUGCAGUCGAAAGUGUGCAAGAGUGCUCUCUUGAGUACUGUUUAGUGCCUGAAGUUGAAAAUUUGCUGGAAUGUUAGACUAAAUAUUCUUCCUGUUUGGAGAGUGUCACUGGAUCCCUUACACUGUGAAAUUAUAAACUGAAAUUUUAAAUGCGGAAAUGGCUGGAAAAGCAGUAAGUAGCAGUAGUAUUUAAUUUGUAGGUGCACAGAACCUUCUGAGUCUUAGGAAAGGUUCAUUAUCUUUCAAAAGGUACAUUAUGAUGUAAGGUGUGUGAAUGAACCUCCCUUUAGUAUUCCAUACCUAAAUUUGACUUCUACAAGGGAUAUGGUAAUGCAAUGUUUCUGGUUAGACCAUUGAUGCUCCCCUAGCCCAUAGAAAAAGACCAUCUAGACAUGAAGCAUUUCUUUUUCUGGUUUCUCCUUAUUCUUAGGCAUGUUUUUUAAGUGUCAGUAACAGGAAAUACAUUUAGUCUUCUUUUGGAUUGCUGAAUUUCAGAAAAUCAAUAUGAAAUGUAGUUUGGUGACUGAGACGUGGUACCUUUCAUGAAUCAAGACUGAAUUUCUGAUUCGAGUAACCUGGAUGCAUUGAGUGGUAGGGUGCUUAAGAUGUUUUUCUGUCUACUGAAAGUAAUUUUGAAAUAGCCCUGAAUUUUUACAGUAUUAGGAUUUAGUAAAGAAUAUAGAUUAAUGCAAUAUUCACUAAUGCAGGUGAUUUCCAAAUUUUAGUAAUUGUGGCAGAUGUACAAUGUAAUGACUGGGGUGGAGCCUCCUCUUUAUAACUGUCUGAUUUUAUUUUUGGAUCAUUACAAGUAUAAGACAUGGACAGUUCCCAAACAAUGGUAUGGAUGGUUCUUCACAGACAUUGAAAAGGUAUUUGGUAAGCUGGUUCAUGACUGUUUCACUGAAGUCUGACUAAGUGUUUUGACUUUGUAGAUUAUAAUUUUCCGAGAGAUUGGCAGCGAUGUGGAGGGCCCAUUGGGUCCCUCAUGUAUGGAAGCUCUCCCCCAAGAAAAAAAAAAAACAUUAAAUUCCUAAAACUCUUUUUGAAUAGUUAGUUGGUUGUAGUCAGAUGAGCUUUGGUCUUGUGGCUGUUGAUAAACUUUAAUCUGUUUAAUUGCAUUACAGCUUUUUAAAAUCCAUAAGCUCAUUAAUUGACUUUUAGUGCCUGAUCAGUUUAGCCUAGUGUUGUAGAGUUCCUGUUGUUUUUUUUAUAUGUUUUCUGUCCUGGAAUUAUUUUUGAGUCUUCAUUUGCAUUACUACGAAAAGAUUAGUGAUAACUAUUUAGCUUUGCAGAAAUCUUGAUGAUUGGGAAGACCACUGAAGUAAAAGCAACAUAGGCAAUAAAGAAAGUAGCAACCAUAGAUCACUUUGCCAUCAGUUAGCAUGACAUAUGCCAUCAAUACAAAUGGCAGACUUUCAACUGUAAGUGAUAGUGUUUGGUGAGUUUCAUAUAUAGUUAGAGAGGCAUGUACAUAUACAUAUAUGUAUGUGUGUGUGUAUACAUAUACAUAUAUAGAGAGAGAGAGAUGGAGAAAGGGGAGUGCACACACAGGAGGGACAGCUUGUAUGAGAUUAAAAAUAUGCACAGAAUUUGACAUUUGAUUACUGAGUAGCUGUACUGAAUCACAUUUAGUAAAGUCUGAUGGUUGCUUUUAACGUACGUUUCCUGUCUAUUAUAAUAUGUUCAUGAUAUGUUAUGAUUUAUUGAUUUCUUAAUCUGUACAUUGUUCUAAUUUUAGUCAUAAUUUCAAUGUUACUGUAAAGAAAGGGGUUGCUUUAGGAAUGUAAUUCAACAUCAUGCUUUUUUUCAUUGCCCACACCUCUCUGUGGUAGGGAUUUCUUAGCACUUUAAAAGAAUAUUCAGUGAGAUUAAAUAGCAGAGGUGUGGAUUUCAAAUAUUUAUAGUUUAAUGUUGGAAAACAUUUUUAAAAUGUUAGUAUUUCAUUUUCAAAAAGAAGAUUGUACAUUGUACCAUGAAAAUAUUUUUUCAUAAGCUGAUAGUUAUGGAUAUUCACAAUUUCUUAUGCAGUUUUUAAAGUAUUGAAAAGCUAACUGAGCACGUUUAAAAAUGAAAUUGUAGGGACUGCUUUAUCACUUGCUUGUACAAAAAAAUAAAUAAAUAAAUUAUGUUGAGGCCCAAGCAGCUAUAUACCUGACAGUUUGAGCCACUUUGUCAACAGUAGUCCUGAGAAUGUACAUCUGGCAAGAGCAUAAAGGAUUGUUUCAGCAAAUAUUCUAGAUGUUCAGGUUUGUUGACACUCUGUCUUUGAGAAUCCAUUUCUGGAGGGCUGAAAAAUCUCUGCAGCAGAGCUGCUGUUACUGUAUGAAUCUGUAAUGGCAGUAAAUCAUCCGGAGCACUUUUGCUAAUCCUUGUCAACCCCCAUGGGCCACUGGCAGUCCCUUCCAUACCCACACAGUCUUACCUGGUAAGUGAUUCUUGGUGGUACUCCACAUCAAAUGUUUUGCCCUCUUCAAGGUAGAAUAACUUAAUGACAGCCGAAAAUAGGCAUCCAGUGAUGUAAGUCAAGGAGACCCCCUGCAGCUCACAUUUUAUUUCAGGUUAUGGUGUGUUUUGCGUGACCUUAAAUGACCUCAUGGUGUAAGCAUACAGAAUGUCAACAUGUCUGCAUUACAAGCUGGUUUAUUCAUCUUUGGCAAUUCUGAUCUUUCGCCUUAGUUAUUUUUCAGCCCUCACGGCUAGUCCUUUCGUAAGGAGUAAUCCAACUAUUCUCUUUCCAUUUUCAAAGCUAAGUGAGCCGUCUUCCAGUAACUCAGACCUGUCCAACAUGGCCAACUCUGUGGCACCUGGGACACUAACUGUACUAGAAUAUCAUGUUCCACAUAGAGAGAAAGUGCAAGUGUGCCAUUUGGUCUUAUAAUUAUCUGAGACUUGCUGUCUUAUACUCUUAGCAACAUUCAGAGCCUCUGGACCCAUGUGUCAGAAGAGCUGUUGGGUUUUUAGAGUCUAUGUGCUGACAGAGUUACCAUGGACCUUUGAAUCUCAAGCCCGAGGGACUACAUGUUAAGAUGAUCUCAGGGCAGAUUUAUAGGGGUCUGUAUUAUAAAAUCAAAAAGACUUUACCGCGAACGCUAACAUGAGGGAAAAUGCCAGUAAUCGAAGUUGCUAUUGUGGAGGGCUGUGCCCCCCACACCCCCUGCUAAUUAUAUAUUCUAACUCCGAGGUCGCACUACAGUGAGGAAAGGGCAAAUUCGCUACAAUCACGGUUUCAAUUCCCGGCAUUUUCACUCAUGUGAACAUUUGCGCUAAAGUCUUUUUUGUGCAUCUAAUAUAGACCCGACUUAUAGGGAUUUUGCACCUAAGUUUAAAUGCAGUAGCUAUGAGCUUCUUUGACAAGUACUGAGAGGUUUGUACAUUCAUUGGUUUCUGGAGGCAGCAGUUAUGUCUAGGGCCUACUCCCAGUGCCACUAUACUCAUCAUGGUAUCUCACGUCUGACAUUCCAAGAUUCAAGGACUCUUAACCUAAUGUGCUUAGAUUAAGCAGCAGUAGAGUCCUAGGGACACAGUUGUCCAUGGGGUUAACAGAUUAUGUUCUCUUCACUGAAUUGUUUAAGAGCAGCGUCCAUGCCCUGCUGUUAGCAAAACAUCAGUGGCGCCAAGCCUCUCGCUGAUAUUGUGUUCACAGCCUCUUGGUUUUGCUGCAGCUGUCUCUAAAGUUAGCACAUUCUUUUAGGUUUACAGAAUCCCAGAGACUGACAGACUGACUAGGGCAGAAUCUCUUUGCUUGGCAGUCAGAAUCUUUGUGGACUACAAAUAAAGCAUUCUGUGAUUUGACACAUACAGCUUCUGGUGUCCUCUGUAGGGUAAGUAGUCUCUACUGUUGUCAGUCAGAACCCCAGUUGCCAGCAUUUGUAUUUCCAGAGUUGGCUGUGCUGUAGUAGUGAUAGUCACUUGAACUGUUAAUGUCCUUAACAGUUACAUAAUAACUUAGGUUGUCAGCCAUUAAGAUAGGUUUAGCAGCAUUUGGUGUGGCAUAAAGUGAUUUUGUGGUUAGUAUUCUGCUGGGAUAGUUAGAAUUUCUGAAGUCAGCAGUCUUUCUCUGCAGGGCUGAAUCUCUUGUGCUGGCAGACUGAGUGUCAUAGGUUGGCAGUCAGUUUAAUGGCGUUAACAUCCCUAAGAUUGCCAUAAUGAAUUGGCAUUGUAUAGGGUUGCUGGGUUAGCAAAAAACGUGUAGUUUGGCAGAGUUGCCUUGUUUAGCAGUAAGGGUCUUUAUGGCAAAUAUUAUUUCUUGGUUGGUAGUUAAAGACUCUGAAGCCAGUAGCACAUUUUCCUUGGGAUGUCAGUUUUUUGAGUGAUAGCAUUUGUGGUCUGGUCUGCAGUAGAUGUUUGUAAGAUGAAGAGGAUGUCUUGAAGUUAUAUAAGGUAAGUUGAGCAGAUAGAGGCCCAUUUUCAACCGUAACAUAUUACAGUAAUUAGAAAAAUCAGAGUGCCAAGAAAAUGUAUGUAUGUUACAUGCACUUUCACUAUGAUAAUAUCACUGUAUAGUAUAUUUUCACAACUAGUUCUUUAACCACUUCAGGUUGAGAAUGUUCAUGGUCAAGGAGAUUGUGAGUUACUAAAAACCUUUUAAAAUAACUUCCUUGGAAAGUAUGAGCUUAAUGUAGAUUAGAACAUCCCGUGUGUUUCUGAGCUUCUGAUUUCAAUUCGGAUCGUGUUUAACACUUUGGAGCAUAGCUAGAAAAUUAACUUAUGCUACCCAUGGUGCCUAGAGAGUUUAGAAGUCGAGCUGACAGUUUCUGAAGGCCAGUGUCCUUAAUGCUUUUGUAGUAAGAGUUUGUGAAUAUCAGGUUAUUGUUUCCUUGGCAUGUUUUGCAAUACUGCUUUAUUUACAAGACAAAAGUAGUCUCUUUGGUUAUUAUUCAGAGUUUCUUCAAAUAUCGAGCAGCAUUCACAGAGUUUUACAUGAGUUUUUUGUUAGCAUAUCUUUUUAGACUAUCUUUUAAUCAAAACUGCAGCUUUGUGGCACUAAUAAAAGUUUUCACAGCCAGCUAGUUUCAAGUGAUAGGUCAUCUGGUAUUCACGGUCAUUCUUUGUCCAGCAGUAAAAUCUUUGAGGUUAUUCUGUAAAAGUGCUGAUAUCUCACAUUUACCAUGACACUGAGUCUUGGUGUCUGUAAUUACCACCAUGUUGCGGUCUGAGACAGGCAUGCAAUUCACUACUAAAUUAGUCAUUUGGGAUGAUCAGUGUUAAUAGAAUCUCUGUGACUAUUUCCUCAAGAGUGUAUUAGCUGUACAAAUUUCAGGCAUUUAUGGGUAAAUAUUUUGGUGUUCUGUAGUGUAAUUAGCAUAAGCUAAUGUUUCUUGCCCUAGUCUUUAUUUUGUAUACACAGAAAUUUGACUGAAGGUCCCUUGUAAUAAACAAAUUUUGAGGUUUCCUCUUCCAGUAUCCCCAGUUUAACACAAUUUCUGAUUUUUUCUUGCUUCAGUUACAGAAUAAUGUGCCUCCUAAUGGAACAUCAUACUUUGAUUAACAAAGGCAUGCCUAACCCCCUGUCCUUCACGACUUUCAUCAAUUCACACAGUGUGGAUUAACUUAUAUUGUUGAAAAACUCUCACUUUUGAUGUCUAAAAUGUAUUGUUCUUUUGACCAUCAAGUUAGAAGCUAGGACCUACAUCAGCACUGUUAGUAAUGUGAAGCACAGGAAUAUGACAUUAAAACCUGUAAUACUUGUUAAUACUUCGAGUCUACCUGCAGUGUGGUAUAAUUGACUUCCAUCCUUUCAUCAAAUUCAGUAACUUUAAUGAGCACAUCUGGUAUGACUAGAAUGGUUCCUGAAGAUGAGUUUUCUGGGGGGGGCCCCUUCUACCACCAGAUGGCUAGAUGAUUUCCACAGAUAUGAUGGACCCCUGUUUUGCAUAUCGUUGCCUUGGUUCUUAACAUGAGAUUCAUUUUGUGUGGGCUUCAUUUUUAGUGCCAAGGGUGGCAACAUUGCCUUUCCUUUGUGACUAAUCUUUUCCUUGAUGCUAAAGACUGUGUCAGACAUGGCAGGGGAAAGAAUUUUCUUUGUUCCCUUUGCUAGAUGGCUGGCUUCAGAUAUCCUCGCUAAGGGACUCAAUGUUAGUGACCCUUGCUUCAUGCCUUUCAUACUUGCAAGACCAGGGUGGGGAAGGGGAUACACGAUUCACCAUACCAGGAGAAAACCUCUGUCUUAUUCCAACAUAGAGGAGGGCUUUUAUUGUGAUUAAUUUGGACAUUCUUUAAUGUAAACAAUUCCAGAGCACAGCAGAAAGGACUCCUGAAAACGUAGCAUUGACAACUUGGUAGAGUUUACAACAGGAAGCAAUAGUCCAGAAUAGCCAUUUUCGAUGUCCCAUUUGUAUAUCUGUUGGUGAUGGUAUGUCUAUGAAUAGUGAACUGACAAUGGCUCUGAAGUCAUCAUAUCAUCACAUAACUGCUCAGAUACCUCUAUCCAGUGCUGUAAAGUGGUAGAUGAAUUUUAGCAAUCUCAGCAUAGCCCUUCCCUUCUGUAAGCUCUUUCUUUGUGCUGAAAAAGAAGGUGCGUAUAGGAAAGAGGGUUUUGCAUAAACCAGGUGAAUCUAAUGGUAAGGUUUGUGGACCUGGAAGGGAGUUGAAGUAAGAGUUCUUCUUUCACAUACUUGAACAAGUAAGGAGUAUAUACUUAUCACUAAUGCAGAGAAUUAGACUAUAGACUGUCGCAUCUCUCUUACUGCUAUGAGCAUACUAGAGGAAGCAGUCUUGUUGAUGGACUUUUUCUGUCACAGUUCACUCUUGUCCUGAAAAUGACUUUUAUCGUCAGGAUCUUCUGAAAGUGAGGCACCCCAAAGAUUGACUUGUUACUGGGAAAAUGCAUUCUUCCUUUUUAUUAAUGAAUUCAACAGAGCGUGGGGUGUUGAUGGUAGUUAAUCCAUUUUACCCUUUAUUAGUGGCAGUGGGUCUUGUACACCUUUCCAUUUCCCCUUGACUCCAUACUUCCUAAGAGAAGUAAAAAAAGAAAGAUGAAAAUGUGUCCUUCUCACCCUUUUCUCAAUACAUGCAAGGGAAAUAUUUUAUAAUGACACAGUACCAAGGCGCGGCUGUUAAAUUAGAUCCUCUGCUUCUUGAAGAUCUUCUGGCAGAGGUUCUAUAAGUGGUUGACCAGACAGCCUUCCCCCCACAAGAUGUGCUAGCCAAAGUUGAAGAGGUGCUCUGAAUGAGUAGCAAAGCAUCCUGCAUCACCUUUUCUGAUUAGUUUGCAGGAAAUUCUUGCCUGUCUGAGGCACCUAUUUAUUUGACUUGAGCUUUAGUCAUUCCUUUGUCCUUCUGCAUAUUUCCAAAGUCAUUUUAUUAAUUUUCUUUUUGUUUUGUUUUUUUUUUUUUUUUUUUUUUUUUUUUUACAUAUGACCUUUUGGAGAACAUAAAGUCCUUUAUUACAUUUGAAUAAUCCUUUUCCUUCUUAGUUCUUGAAUUUCAUGAUUGUCAAAGUUGCCCAUCCUCCUUUUGAACUGACUUGAGAUGCUUUUGUUGGUGGCCAUCACAUCUUCCCCCUUGAUGUCUGACUUACAAGUUUUGAUUUGUAGGGAGCACUCUAGUAUUUGCAGGGAUUGUGCAUCCCUUCAGAUUAACCCAUAUUUGCUCUCUAAAGCAGUCUUAGAAUUGUCCUCAAGCAAGUCCAUUCAUUUUGUAGUUUUCUGUCCAAGGCAAAAUCUAGAAGAGGGAGAGAUAAACGUCAUACUCUAUUUGUGCAGCAUAGGUUUCACCUGAAUUGUGUGAAUGAGAUCAGAAAGACAAACUAGCAGUUUGUCUCCUUUGGUCUGGCUGUGAUACAACUUGUUGCUAACAAAACAUUUCCAAGUAGAUUGCCACUAAAUGGUGGUCUAGCUAUAAAAAAAAAUGCAACUGUCAGUAUUUAUUUUCUAGGUUCAUGGCUGCUUAUGUUAUCUGUGCCAAGAAUGUUUCCACUGCUGACACUUUUGCAACUGCCACGUGAUCAUUCGUUCAAAAUUUUGCCAAGUGUUAUUGCUGAUAUACAAUGUUUUGUAGGAGUUUGGUAUCCUUUGACAACUCGGUGCUCUCAUCUUUGCUUUGCGAACUCUUACUUUUUAAGCUUCCAAUACUGCUUCUGAUUUUCCUAAACAAAUGCUUACUACGGUAGGCUUCCAAAAUCAGGUAGGAUAGUCUUGCACUCCACUGUAUCUGCUAAUUUAAGAAGACUUUCUGAAAUGGAUGCGUAUAACCUUCCUGUUUGAAAUGAUUUUCUGUCGAGCAUCAGCUGAUGGAUUUUCCUCUAAUUUCAAUAAGAGUAUGAUUGUGCUUUAGUGUCUUGUUGAAUGCAUGGGAAUUGGCCUGAGGAAAGGGAUUGGUGUACCCUCUAAGCCUGGUUUAUAACAUUAUGAUGCACUGUGGCUAGAGGUACUUGAAUUCCCCGAGCAUGAGAUCUUCAGAAAGGUCAGAAGUGUUUUGAACUGGGGAUGUCAAAAGAGAAAAUUCUGGUUAUUUUGUAAUGCAGGGGGCUGUCUCUUAGAUAUUUGUAUAGUUUGUAUAUAUGUGUUGUUUCUGACAGCAAAAAAGAAACCUGGUGGGCUGGAUGAUGCUGUCUUUCCAAAAUUUCUUAUUAUAUUUUUGCAUAUCAAUAUAAUAUUCUGCACAGUCAUUUAUUGGCUGUUUCCUUCCUUCUUUUAUAAAGAAGGUCAUUUUUGUUGAUAUCUUAGUCUGCUGCAGAUAGUAAGCUUCAUUUGUCUCCCUGAAAUAGUCUCAAGGAAGAUGUGUGAUCUUACAUGAUUAGUCUGUCUCUGGUCUGCCAGCACUGUAUUGUGGAAGCCUCAGCCUUAGAAGAUAUACAAAGUAGCUGCUGUUUGGUUUCAGAUGAAGGAGUAAUGUGAACUCAGACUUGAGAGUUCUAGCAAAGUUCCUGAGUUUUAAACUGACACAACCUGCACCAUCACAAAGAGAUUUUUUUUUUAUUUUGAGAAUUUCACUAUGCCGUUAUUUCCAUUUGUCUAUUCUGUAAAUCUGUUUAUAAAGUCUAGAAGAUUUUUCUUUCUCUUGUGACCAAAUUCUUAAAUGUUUACAAUGAUGUUUCAGAAUUAUGUAUUGUAUAAAGUAAAAACAUAUUUUAUGACAA